GUGGGCAAGUAAAAACUUAUUUUGCUGCACGGACAUACCACUACUGGUCAGCAAGCAGAGCAGCAACUACCAAACGGUAAGUCCAAAAGUCUAAAGCAUAUAAAUGAGUUUUCUAACUUUUAUCCUCUGAAUAUUUCCUCAAGAGAGAACUGAAAAAAAAAAAAAAAGGUAAGGAGACUUCUCAGAUUAAGAUGGCAAAGAGAGCAGUUCUUGUAGGAUGCAAUUACCAAGGAACAAAAGCAGAAUUGAAAGGAUGCAUUAACGAUGUGAAAAGGAUGUAUCAAUCACUUGUUGACAAAUAUGGAUUUGCAGAAGAAGAUAUCACUGUUUUGAUUGAUACUGAUGAUUCUUACAUUCAACCAACUGGUAGGAACAUUAGAAAGGCUAUAACAGAUCUGAUUAGAUCUGGUGAACCUGGUGAUGUUUUAUUCUUUCAUUACAGUGGUCAUGGAACUCGUCUCCCUGCUGAAACUGGUGAAGAUGAUGAUACUGGUUAUGAUGAAUGUAUUGUUCCUACUGAUAUGAAUCUUAUCACUGAUGAUGAUUUCAGGGAGUAUGUGGAUCAAGUCCAAGAAGGUUGUAGGAUAACGAUCGUAUCGGAUUCAUGCCACAGUGGAGGUUUGAUUGAUGAAGCUAAAGAACAAAUUGGAGAGAGUACUAAGACUGGAGGUGAAGAACAGAGUUCUGGAUUUGGAUUCAAGCAUUUCUUGCACCGGAAAGUCAAUGAUGCUUUGGAAUCUCGUGGCAUUCAUUUGCCAAGUAGACACGGCCGUGGGGACGAAGACGAAGAAGAAGAAGAGGAGCAAGAAGAGGAGGAUGGACCUGUAAAGAACAGAUCACUUCCUAUAUCAACUUUGAUGGAAAUCCUGAAACAGAAAACAGGCAAAGAUGACAUGGAUGUUGGGAAAAUUCGUCCCACACUGUUCGAUGUUUUUGGAGAAGAUUCAAGCCCUAAGGUGAAGAAAUUCAUGAAGGUUAUAUUGGACAAACUCCAAAGUGGAGGUGGCGAUGGUGGAAGUGGUGGACUCUUGGGGAUGGUUGGAUGUUUAGCUCAAGAAUUUUUAAAGCACAAACUAGAAGAAAAUGAUGACAAUUACGCCAAACCUGCAAUGGAAACACAAGUUGGCAGCAAACAAGAAGUUUAUGCUGGAUCGAGUCAGCGAUCUCUACCUGAUGGUGGGAUCCUGGUUAGUGGAUGUCAGACUGAUCAGACUUCGGCAGAUGCAAACCCUUCUGGAAAUGCUGAUGAUGCUUAUGGAGCUCUCAGUAAUGCUAUUCAAACCAUAAUUGCAGAGAGUGAUGGUAGAGUUACUAAUCACGAAUUAGUGUCAAAAGCAAGAAAGAUUCUUAAACGUCAAGGGUUUACUCAGCGCCCUGGACUCUACUGUUCUGAUGAGCAUGCCGAUGCUCCCUUCAUUUGUUGAAAUCACCCAGACGAGAUAACAUGCAAGUUUGCGAGUGUUUCUGUCUGUCAGCGUGUGUUUGCUUUUGUUUUGGCAUUCUGAGUUAUUUGGUGUUGUUUGCAAAGGAAUAAGGCUUUUAUUUCAAUGGAUAAGGAAACUUUGAUUUCAACUGUGUUAAAUGAAAAUUUGUGGCGCUUUCAACUCA